UUGUUUACAUUUUUUUUAAAUACUCACACGUGUGAGAUUGGUUCUUCUCAGCGAAAUUAAUUUAUUUUCAUUAUUUUAGAUUUAGUAGACCCAGCACCCAAAAAAAUGAGUGCAGAAGAACCGGUCCCAGCCACCGCGACGGAACCGUCCACGCCAGAUCCGGUAACGUCCAGCGAAAACCCGCCCAUGUCCAAGCGGCAGCUCAAGAAGCAGCUUAAAAUGCAAAAGUGGGAGGAAACCAAAAAGCUGAAACGGGCCAAGGAGAGGGAAAAGAUGCGCGCCCGAAAGCUGGAAGCGAUCAAGGCCGGCCUGCCCACCCGCACCGGCCCCAGCCGGAAGGAACUCAAGCGCAACAAGGUCGACUACAGCCGGGCGGACAUUUCCGUCGUGGUCGAUCUCAGCUUCGACGAGAUGAUGAUCGACAAGGACGUGGCCAAGUGCGUCAAGCAGCUGCUGCGGAUCUACACGAUGAACCGGCGGUCGGAGCGACCGAUUCCGCUGCACUUUACCGGCAUCCGCGAGGGCGGGGCGGUGGAGCGGCACCUGAAGCGGAACGACGGCUACCAGCACUGGGACGUGCAGUUCAGUGCGGGCGCGUUCGUGGACCUGUUCGACCGGGAGCGGUUGGUCUAUCUGACGAGCGAAUCGGACAAUGUGCUGGACGUGCUGGAGAAGGAUCACGUGUACGUGAUUGGGGGCCUGGUGGACCACAACCAGUACAAGGGACACUGCCAUACGCUGGCGGAUCGGCUUGGAAUUCGGCACGCCCGGUUGCCGCUGAGUGAGCACGUGGUCAUCAAGACCAGGACCAUCCUGACGAUCAAUCAAGUCUUUGAAAUUCUGAUGAAGGUCCAGCUGGGCAAGAAGUGGCAGGAAACGCUGCUGGAGGUGCUUCCCAUGCGGAAGGGUGCCAAGGCAAGGGAACCAUCGGACGAGGGUGGAGCUGGGUCCGAUCAAGAGAGUGCGAUGGACGAGGCCAAAAGUGAGGAUGCGGAAAGUGGAGUUGUUGAAGAGAAAAAUGGUAAAGAUGAGGAGGAAAAAAAUAGCUAGUAUGGAAUAAAUAAAUUUGUUUAUUUAACUUAA